UCCGUUUCUUGAAUCACUGCUCUGACGUAUUGUUACGCGCAUCUACAUACAAAUUAUAUAACGUUCAUUUGACUGUGUUUGUUUUGUGAGCUGACUCUGUAUAAACGACCAAAGGGAUGUGUCUGCUGAGAAAAUUAAAAGAAUGCUUCAAUAACGCGUAAAAUGUGCAAUGCGCGGACAAUAGCCCUGUGGCGAGUGAGUGUGAUGUGAGCAGCAUGCGGUGGCUGGCAAUGGUCGCCGUGGUCAUGGUAGCCGUGGUGAUGGCAGCCGCGGAGGUGGUGCAGGCGUGGAACUGUGUGUGCAACCCCAGCGAGUGCGAGAGCUUGGAGCCCAGCGGGUGUCCAGGGCAGGGCUACUUAGUGUGGGAUCCCUGCAGAUGCUGCCAAGUAUGCGCAAGAACGUUAGGAGAAGACUGCGGCGAGUUCAAAGGGACUUGCGAGCCCAAGCUACAGUGCAUCGAGGGCACGUGCACCACGUGAAGCUGGCGCAAAAUGGACCUUGUAUUAUAUGUUCAUAGAGUAGAAAUUAAACAUAUCUCAAAAACUGUAGAAUGUGAGGACCAGCUUCAGACCCGGGCCAGGAAGCGUUGUCUCUACUGACAAUAAAUUAGAUAGUGGGAGGCGAUCGUUUUGUACAAGGUAACAUCUCGAUCACAAAGUGUAUCCAGUAUCAACAUUUUACGUACAUCCAUAAAGCAAAUACACAGUUUUGUAUUAACUGUUACAUAAAAUUCUUGCCUUCAGAAACACCUUGAGCGUUCAAAUAUGGUUUUUUUUUUCAAUUUAUUUUUAAAGGACCUUUAUAAAAAAAAUAUGGUUUUAUGUCAUUUUCAAUAUGCAACAGUUAAGCCCCAAGCUAUACUAUAAUAAAAUUACUAAUUGCUGGUACUUAUUCGUGUGUACAUAAAUAAUAUAUAAUCGAGUAUGCUGUAAAAUGCCAGGCAUAAAAUAAAAUGCCUAAAAUAUUUUGGAAAAAAUGACGUAAGGUAGGUACAGCGGGGCAAAUCUCGACUGGGGGUGGAUACAUGUAGAACUCAACAUCAUAGUACAGUAAUAAUUGUAAAAAUGGAUCAGUUACAAUUGCCCCCCAGUCGAGAUUUGCCCCGCAGUACCUUAAUUUUUUAUACCCAAUGAAUAUAUGACUAGGCAUUUCAUACAAUACCCGAAUGCUAUACACGUCAAAUAUCCCGAAUAUUUUAAGCUUCAUGUCAAUGUGUUUACGACCUACGACCGCCAUUGUCAAUGCAUUGAUCAUACUACGUAUUAUUUCCAAUUGACAUUUACAUUUUGAACUAAAUCUGAUGUGAAUCAUAGAUUUCAUUGUCUGGCUUCCACUUUACAUGACUGGCUAUUGCAGGAAUUAUUUGAACAAGCCACAAUGGGAUAUUAACAGACAACAUGAGAUGUUAUAAAAAUAGUGUAUAGGUAAUGAUUAUACAUUACAGGCAUACAGUGUUGAUUUAUUUAUAUCUAGCUGAUUGUUGUAUAGGGGCAUUUUCAGAAUUUGGGACCCCCA